AUGGCUCUCAAGGCAAUUCCAAUUUCUCAAGUUGUUCCUCAAAUUGAUGAAAUUCAUGUUGAAAAUGUCACAUUCCCUUCGCUCUACAAUAAUAAUUCUACACCUCUUUCCCAUGGGGAAGAUGAGGAUGAUGUUGGGAAGAUGAAUAAUAAAAAUAAUAAGUUUGUAGUAAUGGGACAUAGAGGAAGUGGGACAAAUAUGUUGCAAUAUUCUUCAUGUCAUGAAAAAACAAUAAAAGAGAAUACUUUGCGUUCCUUCAAUGAAGCUGCUAAAUUUAACCUUCAAUUUAUCGAAUUUGAUGUUCAGGUAACAUGUGAUGGCCAUCCAGUAAUUUUCCACGAUAUCUUCAUUUUUACACAACAAGAGGGGAAGUUAAUUGAGAAAAGAGUUACAGACCUCACUCUGGAGGAGUUCCUUUCAUAUGGACCUCAGAAUGGCUCAACAAAUGUGGAAAAACCAUUAUUCAGGAAAAUGAAAGAUGGGAGAAUUUUCGAAUGGAAGGUCGAAGAGGAUGAUCGGUUAUGUACUUUGCAAGAUGUGUUUGAGAAUGUCAGUCAGUCUGUAGGAUUCAACAUUGAGUUUAAAUUUGAUGACAAGAGAAAUUAUAGAGACGAAGAACUUGUUCGUGUUAUUCGAGCAGCUUUACAGGUAGUGUUCAAGUACGCCAAAGGUAGGCGCAUCAUGUUCUCGAGCUUUCAACCAGACGCGGCUCAAUUGAUCAAGAAGGAGCAGACUGCCUAUCCGGUUUUCUUCCUAACGAACGGAGGAUCUGAAAUUUACCCUGACAUCAGAAGGAACUCGUUAGACGAGGCGAUUGAGUUGUGCUUAGAAGGCGGUUUACAAGGCAUCGUCUCAGAGGUGAAAGCCAUUUUAAGAAAUCCAAGAAUGAUAGCAAAAAUCAAAGAAUCCAAUCUUUCCCUUAUGACAUAUGGCCAACUAAACAACGAGAAGGAAGUGGUUUACUUGCAAUACAUGAUGGGUGUUGAUGGAGUGAUUGUAGAUUUCGUCGAAAAGAUUACUUCAGCUGUUGCCCAGUUUUCGAAACAAGUUCAUCAUGAUGGAAAAGAACACUUGUUAUUGUUGGAAAAGAGGUUGUUAUCGGAGCAACGAAUAACUCCCUGCUCGGAGGAUGAGAUCUCAUAUUUUCGAAAUCUCGUGCCAGAGUUGAUACAUUCGUGAAUUUGUAUAAUCGCGAAUGUACGAUUGUAUGGUCUUGUU